AUGAGAUUUAUCAAUUUGUAUCUCUCGAUACUUUUAUGUAUACUUGUUCAACACUAUUCUUUAUUGGUUUCUGCUCGAACUCAAACCUUUAAGAUUAUCAUUUAUGAUCAUCAUCCAUUAUUAAAUCCAGAUUUUGAAUAUGAUCCCAUUUCAGCACCAAAGGGACUUGCUUCUCAAACACUCAAUGCAAAUGGAGUUCCAGACUUUGUAGCCGCUGAUUUAUCUGGUGGUAUUCAUAAUAAAACCACCUUUUCACAGUGGUUUACAUCGACACCAGGAAUCAACAUUCCAAUUCCAUUUGAUCUCGUAUUUGUCAAGAACCCAGCAACUGGAAUGUGGAACUAUGUCAAUAAUUCUUUCUUCCCAAUCAACGGUAUGGGAUGGGAUGCACAAGGAUAUCCAAUCUAUUUGAACAAAAAUUUCCAUUUCUGUCUUCAUUUCCAAUCAACCCUGAACUUUAAGGGUGGAGAAGUAUUUAAUUUCAUUGGAGAUGAUGAUGUAUGGGUAUAUUUGGACAAUAAUCUUGUAUUGGAUCUUGGAGGUGUUCACCAGGCCCAAUCUGGAUCCAUCAGUCUUGAUGCUUAUAACCCAGGUACACCAUUAAAAUUCGAUUUCUUUUAUUGUGAAAGACAUACAUCUCAAAGUAAUAUAGAAAUUGAAACAGAUUUUGAUUUGCAGUGUGGGUAUUAUGACUAUUGUGGUAUAUGUCAAGGUGAUGGCUCUCAAUGUUGUACUCCUUCGAUUCAUUGUGACGACAAGAUUCCAUGUACCAUCGAUCGUUGUCCUGCUGUGGAUACGCCGGGAAUCAACUCUACAAACUGGGGUAGAUUCUGUACUCAUGAAGAUAUUACUUGUACCGAUCCCAAUGACAAGUGUAGUCAGAGUUCAUGCUCAAAUAACGAGUGUAUCGCAGCCACUGUCUUUUGUGAUCAAGCUCCAUGCUCGACCGUGACUUGUGAUAGUUCAGAUGGAUGUAUUUACACACCAACAGAAUGUCCAGUCACCACUUGUUCAUCCAGCUACUGUAGCUUCCAAACAGGUGCCUGUGCUCAGCCACUCCAAAGAAACUGUAGUGACAAUGAUGCUUGUACCGACGACUUUUGUAUCCCAAUUAUCGGAUGUUUGCAUACCAGAAAGAGAUGUGACGAUGGAAACAUUUGUACCACCGAUACCUGUCUAAACGGUGUAUGUGUCAAUACACCAAAGCCAGUCUGCAACUGCUCGUCCAUUUGUCCAGUCAAUCUUUGCCAGGAUUUCGAAUGUUAUCCCGAUGGAACUGGUUGUGACAUCACUGAUAUUCCCAUCGACGAUGGCCGUAUGUGUACUAUUGACUCUUGUAAUCUUAAUACGGGAGAGAUUACCCAUCAAGCAAUCGAAUGCGUUCCAUCAAGUGGCUGUUACACUUCGGAAUGUGAUGAAAGUACUGGACAAUGUGUUGAAACACUCAAAGACUGUGACGAUCGAAACCCAUGCACCAACGAUAUGUGUUCGAAUGGCAAAUGCCAGCACAGUCGAGUCACUUGUGAUAGCAGUGUCGACGCUUGUGUCGUUGGAACCUGUGUUGCCUUUAGCGGCUGUGUCUACAGUCCCAAGGACUGUAGUGUUGCCGAUCUCUGUGUCACCAGUGUUUGUGAAGACGGACAAUGUAUCCAUGAACCAAAGCACAACCAUACCGACCUUUGCACAACCUAUCAAUGUGAUCCCGCCACUGGAAAUGAAGUAGAAGUCCCUAUUUGUGACUAUUCCAACCCAUGUGUCUACACAGAAUGUCUGGACGGUAUAUGCUUUUACUAUCCUGUCCAAUGUCCAACCACCGAUCUAUGUAGACCUGGAGUAUGUAGUUCACUCCCAGGAAAUGCUGGUCAAUGUGUUGAAAGACCACUUGUCUGUCCUGACGGUACCCAUUGUGAGGUUGGAACCUGUGUUCCAGACACCACUUCUACCACCACUGGUGUCACUACUGGUGUGACCACUAGUAUCACCACUGGAAUUUCAACCGGUAAUCUACCACCCACCUGUCAUCUUUUGGACACAGAGUGUGAAUACUAUACCUACGAUCCACUCACCAUGUCAUGUCAACCACAUGAAGUGAUUUGUCAACAACCAGUUAACCCAUGUCAAAUCUCAAUCUGUCAUCAAGUUCAUGGCUGUAUUACCAUUCCAAACCCAGACACUAUCGAUUGGGAUGAAUGUCCCAUUACAUCUGGUUCAACCUUGGGUAUCUUGACCGACGGUGUUACAUCUAGUCAUAUCACCCACGGUGCUACCCUAGGUGGUAUCACUGUUAAUCCAACCAGUGGUAUUUCAUCUGGCCUUCCAACAGGUGGUAUUACAACCGAUGGAGACCUCCAAGUAUGUGCUCCACAAUGUCGUAUCAAACUCGAUGGAUCGGUAGAGGGAUGUCCAAAGGGAUACACCUGUGUUAAAAUGUCUUGUGGCGCAGCACAAUGUGUCAAAAAUGAAGAUGACCUUCCACCAACUCCAGAACCAACCCCUUGUACAAGACCACCAAACAAUUGUCAUCUCCCAUCAGAAAGACCUGGUCAACGUAACUUUUUCCAAGACCAAGAAAAUGAUUUCAUCUAA